AUGGCUCUCAUUCCCGUUGUAGUGUUAGAGAUGACAUGGAAAGAACUUAUGAUUGACUUUCUGUUCCAUGGUGUAGCGCACGCAAGCAUCGUGACUCGCCCGCAUUCCACGUACUCGCCGGACGUGCCUCGUUUUCUCGCGGGCGUAUCCUCGGACGACGCCCUCGCGAGAAGAGAAACGCACGGAACGGAGACGCCCGCGAAGGAAGCGAACGCACGGGGACGAGGAGCACCCCGCUGGGGCGCGGAACGCGGGCGGAUCGCCGCGUCCGUUCGCGUCUCCGUGUCCGAGGACGGUCGCUCGUCGGAUUCGGACACGUCGGCGGUCGUUGCCGAGUCCGACGGGAACGAGGGGGAAGGGGUUCCGCGUCGGAAGAAGCUUAGUGCUCGGGCGCCGGAGGAACGGCAUGGAAUCGGGAAGGAACGCCCCUCUUCUUGUCGUCCGUCGACCGCGGAACGUGUUCUCGGAAACGCAGGUGGGAGAUGCUCGGGUGCGAUCUCGGCCACUUCUCCGCACGUCGCCUUCCACGGAGACCUGCUCGUGACCUACAACGUGACUUACCCGACCCUCGGCCUGGCGAGAGCGUCACCCGCAUACGAGAUCCGCCUGUGGGACCCAUUCGCGGGAGAGCGGGAACUGGCGUCCCGCUCGGUGUUCGCUUCCCGUGCACCCGAGGGCACCCUCGUCUUCCCCUGCGGCACCGUCUACCACGAGGGCCUCCAUCGGAUCACCCUGACUCGAUCGGGAGAAGACGUCGAUAUCGACCGGAUCUCCGUCCUCGUCCGGUGGCCACCCGCAACCUUCCGCCUUCCCGACCGCGUCCACGCUUACGCGAACGACCUGACGGUCCGCGUCGACUUCCCCGAGAUCCUAUGCGGGCCGUCGGGAAGGAAUCUGACGACGUGGUUCGACAUCUGGGAUUCGACCCGACGGGUCGUCUCCACGAGAACGACGACGAAAAACGCGUUCGGUGCCGUAUCGACUGAGAUCGUCGUUCCGUGUCGGAUCCUCGGGCCGAACGAUCGGUUUCGAGCGAUCCUGUGGGCCGAAUCGGCGGAAAUCGGAAGAAAGUGGAAAGUGGCAUCCAGUUCCGAAGUGAAAGUCGAUCUUGGACCGGAUUUUCUGUUCCGAAUGGAUCCUCAUCGGGACAGCGUGUUUCCGUGCAGCUCGGCCGUCGCCGUGCGAUACCGAAUCCCACCGUGUGCAGGAGAGAAAGAACGGAUUCGCGUUUACGGACGAAGGAACGCGGAGUCUUCGCGGAAGGAUGAAUACUUGGAGGAAGUGAUCCUGACGCUCCGGCAGGGGAAGGCGGAAUUCGAGUGCUGGAAAUUCAACGAAACCUACGCGGAGUAUUGUUUGAAAUACGUGAACGUGGAUCCCCUGGGACGAGUGCGAGUCUUGGACACCCUAUGCAUCCCCACUUUCCUCCCCGACCACGCGGAAGACGGAGGGUGGAGAGAUUGGAGCGAAUGGAGUCCUUGCAUGGGCGUGUGUCGAAGAGGGAAGAAAAUCCGACACCGCGUCUGUCAUCCGCUAGCAAGUCAUCCCUUCUGCUCGGGUCCGUCCUUGGAGGAAUCCGAAUGCGAGAUGGAGGAAUGCAAUCUCCCCUCAUCGGGGGGAGUCCAUACCCUGGUCCGUACCCCGUCCCAGCAAGAGUGCGGCUGCGGCUGCGAAUUAAGCAUCACUCCGGGGAUCGCUACCUUCCUUCUCGUCGAUGCCAAAGACUGCAACGAUACCAGCAUCUGGUUCUUACAGGUCCCGCGCGUUUCCGGACCGGCGGCGGUGGGUUUCCUCCUCUUUGGCUGCGUCGAGAACCGAGCGAACGUCGGCGUCGAGCCUUUCGUUUACCCCGUCCGAGGAUUCCGGGUUCCCCAUCGUUCCAGGUAUCUCAUCAGCAAGACGGGAGAGGUGGAGGAGAGUGGUCGAGUGAAGGUGAACGUGUCCUACCUCCGACUAAGAGGGGAAUUCCUCAUCCGAGAAGGCUGGGGUGAAUACGGAGAGUUGCGUUUGAGGGGAAGAUCUCCUCGAGAUGCGACGGUAAUCGUUUCCAAGACGGAACAACUCUCUCUCAUUCUCCACACGGACUCUUCGACUUCGAACGUCACCUCACUGCACUUCCUCGGCUUCUCCGCCCUUCUCUCCUUUACCGGGAGGUUGAGCCGAGCGGGCAUGACUACCCGAGGAGGGCCGAGUUUCGGGGAGCAUUGGGAAGCUGUGGAGAGCUUAGGACCGCAUUCGCAAACCGAGGCCACGAGGUUCAGUACCCUCUACGCCCUCGUGCCGAAUCACCGUCCGUCCCGCUCAGGACCGCAUUCGCAAACCGAGGCCACGAGGUUCCGUACCCUCUACGCCCUCGUGCCGAAUCACCGUCCAUCCCGCUCAGGACCGCAUUCGCAAACCGAGGCCACGAGGUUCAGUACCCUCUACGCCCUCGUGCCGAAUCACCGUCCAGACGUGUCUCACAUUAAAAGUUUGGCUGCAUCUGCGAUCUUGAGUUUUCGUUGGGUUCGCCCCGCUCCUAAGGCCUCCUUUACGGCCACAGCUACCACAAGUGUCGGCAUCCGGUCCGCGGACUGGAGGACGGACCUCGCCAGUACCCCGCACGACUCCGGAUUCAGUACUCCGGGCGGGUACUUGACGAUAUAG